AUGUACCUUUUGCGGCAUCGACGGAAAGGCCGGCCUCAAAGCUUAUUCAGACUCUUGCCGCCUCACCACAAAGCAGUCGAAGGCUCUCGCAGGCCUUGCCUGCAAGCUUCCAGAGGCACUCCGGAAUGGCAGCCGUGGUGGCCGUUUGAGGAGGCAGUGACGUGGUGCUGGGCUCUGGUGAUUUGGUGGCUGCGACGGUCUGGCAGAUCUGCUGCAGGUAAAAAGUACAGGACGGACAGGCAGGAUGUUGAGAACUUUAACGACCGCUACAAUCUUCUUAGCUAUGCCAUGAUGGCCAGUGACAAUAAGAAGUACCGCUCUUUCCAACGAGCUAUCCAGCAAUCCAUUGAGCAUUGGGCAAGCUUGGGAGAGGACACUGUUGUGCUGGAGAUCGGCUGUGGUGCCUAUGCACCGUUCGCACGGCUGUGCGCCGAUGAAGGGGCCAAGCAGGUAUACGCUGUCGAAGGCAAUACCUGGGCAGCAGAGCGGGCUGCGCGGAAGGUGCCAGCGAAUGUGCAGGUCUUUGCAGGUCUGUCCCAGCAGCUUCCCAGUGAAAAGCUCGCUCCAAGACCCAAUGUCGUUGUGAUGGAGACCAUCGGAGACUGGGCAGCCAACGAGUUUAUGGUGAGCACAUUCUUGGAUGCCUCUCGAAGAUUGUGUCGUCCAGACACAAAGUGGAUACCAGGGCAGGUGCGCACAUGCUAUGUGCCAGUGGAGACCCCUACCUGGGGCUGUGAGAUACCACCAGGCUUAUGGCUUCUGGGCAGCGACGACCAGCGCAGCAGGCUGGCUUUGUCUGACGUGGCGACUCUGGAAUUCUACGACUUCAACAACUUUCGUGAGGAGCCUAUGCUCCUGCAAGAACGACAAGCAAACUUCACAAUGAAUCGCUCUGGCGAACUGCAAGGCUUUCUGAUAUGGGUGGAGGUGUUGCCCUUUGGUGAUGAACAUGAGUGCUUGAGCUCGUUGAAAGAUGUCGACAUUAGCUGGAGCGCAAUGCUGUUGGCACUUCCAGAAACACUCACGGUGGUCAAAGGUGACCGCUUUCCUUGUAAGACCAAUGUGCAACCUGAUACGGUGGAUGGACCAUUGCUUCACCUGGAGAUGCCUUGGACAAACAAGCAGUUCCCAAUUUGCAGAUGCUGCAGUUUCAGUGGAGCCUCAAAGCAGGGGCAAAAUGGAUAUUGCCUGAAGGACAGGAGAUACUUUUUGCCAACCAGCCUGAGGAUAUAUUGA